AUGGCAAACCUGCCCAAGGCAACGGAUAUGGAGAUGGAUCCCGCGAAACAAGGCCAGAUGGUUUCUCCACAAGGCCAAGAGACCGGGGUCAACAUAUCAAACCCUUCGGGCCAGCUCUUCCAUCAGAAAACACCGCCGAUGCCAUGGGGUUUGAUGAACUUCUAUGGCAGCGAGCAGCCGUGGGUUCCUCCCGGCAUCUUUGGCGCAUCUCAUCAGGACCGACAAGCAUCGGCACCGAGCACGCAGAGACGAACACCAAAUGGCUUCCAAGGGUGGCGAAGCACUCUCCCUUCGGAAUGCGACACCGGAUUCCCGCCUUCCGACUCCGGUUAUGAAAGCAGGACAAAACAUAGCAUCGAAAACACGUCCGUCUUCAAUGAUGUGGACCGAAGCCAGGACACCCAGAGCCUCUCGGGGCAGAUAAUGGAGUAUCACCCCUUUGGCUUGACCCCCAGCGAUGGCAAUUGGGACAUGGCUGCAACACCAAUCCCCGUUCCUGCAUCCCAAACCAGCGCCGCUGAGAACAUAUUAAUAUGCCCGGGCUGUCAAUCACCUUGCAAGACUCGGUCGGAGUUAAACAAACACCAUCAGCGGCAUCGCAAAGCGCACAAAUGCGAUGUUCCCGGGUGUACCCGCACAGAGGGCUUCGGUACGCUAAACGACCUUGACCGACACAAGGGCAGUGUGCAUCCCGGUAUCUUCAACGCAGGCCCUCGAUAUCGUUGCAUCAUUGGCUCUUGUCAGACCAAGGACAAAAUUUGGCCUAGGGCAGACAACUUCAGGCAACAUUUGAAACGUGUGCAUCGCCAGAUUUUUAACCCCGAGGAUGACCUAAGCAGGUUCAUGCUGUCGCAAAUACCCCAGAGGCCUCAUGACGAUUCAUUUCAACAAAAUGCGCAAGAUGCAUUGGAAGGUGUUGGCUCGGAACUCUCCAGCGAAUGUCCUAUCGUCUGGGAUAGUCGACCACCUGUCUUUGAGGAUAUACAGCUAUCUCCGCAAGAAGAACGGCCAGAAUCCAUGGACCUCAUCCUCGAUCCAUCACUGAAAAGUGUCGACGGGCCAACAUCGGACGUAUCUCUUGACACAGGCAUGGUCGUGCCCAAGGCACAGUUGCAGAACCAAAUUUCCGAAUCAUUUUGUGAGCUUACCGGUCACGACUUCGUACAACCCAAGAAUAUUACGAGAGCACCAUCUCCGAAGGCCGCUGUUAGUGAGCUGGAAGACGAUGGCUCCGAUGGAAUAUGUGCGAACCAGCUUCAGUACACCUUAAUCAACCCGAGCUCGUGCUUGAAACAAGACGUCUCUGACUCGACCAAAGCCCGAGACAGGACCUUUGAAGGCUCCCCAACGGAUAGCAUGGACUGCGACGCUGCCGCUGAUGAUCCAGUUCAUCAAGAACCUACCACAUCCAUUAGGGAGGAACAGUCUGUCGACCAAGACUUUCCUCAAGAGAAGGUGUCGAUGCAUCGCUUUCCUUCGGGUCUCCCGGACAAGGGCCUGAGUCAACAAGCCAUGUUCAAUUAUCUUUCACAGAUGCCUAAGAAUGUCAUCGAGACAUACUUAAAGUCCCAGGCUGAAGCCGCCCCCCAGAAGCGCGCGUCAGCUCCAAGUAUCAAUGCAAAUAGCCCACAUCACUGCCCACAUUCGGACUGUCGAAAGCCUUUCAAUCGCAAAUGCGAGCUCAAGAAGCACAUGAAGCGGCAUCUUAAGCCGUACGGGUGCACGUUCCCCAGCUGUUUUAAGAGGUUCGGCAGCAAGAACGAUUGGAAGCGACAUGAGAACAGCCAGCAUUUCCAGGUGGAAAUGUGGCAGUGCCACGAGAAGAGGGCUGAUAAUGAGAACGAGAGUUGCGGCAAAGUCUGCCUCCGCCGGGAGACCUUCCGGAGCCACCUUUUAAGGGAACAUAAGAUGAAAGAAUCCUCGCAAGUUGACAAGGAACUCGAGAAGUGCCGCGUUGGCCGCGACGGCGAGCCAAGAUUCUGGUGCGGCUUCUGCGUCAAGAUUGUCGACAUCACCCAAAAAGGCCCUAACGCCUGGGCCGAGAGGUUCGACCACAUUGAUAACCACUAUGCGGGCCGAAAUAAUCUUUCUAAAAAAAACCACUCUGACUGGAUACCCGUCGGUCCCGAGCUGCCCGAUGUUGUCCUCACUAGGUCUUCCGAUGCCUCGAGCGACGCGGAAUCGGUCGAUGAAAAUCUUGUUGCUGUCGCCUCGCGAUUACCCCAGGGCAUGAGUGGUCAGACGAGAAAGAGGAGUCUGGGUGACGACGACGAACGACCCAAUUCUAAGCAGGCGAGGACGUACAUGUGGCGUUGUUGCACAUGUCAAUGGGAACUCGUCUACGAAGUGAACGCCAGCUGCAUCGCCUGCUCCCACAUGCGAUGCAGCAACUGCGAUGUAGACUGUAUUACGUCUCAGGACAACAACAAUGCUGGCCGUCCCGCCCAGAGUCAGGAGUAG